AUGGCCAACUUACAAGACAGACGCCGGGUCCUCGGGCCUUCAGAUACCCAGCAGCUCAGAUUUGUUACCCCAAAGUCAGAUCUUAAGGCAUCCUUAACUUCUACUGAAAUCACUAAUAAAAAAGACUCGGCAACAAUCAGGCCCAUAUUUAUAAGGACAAGUCCCGUUGCCAACGCCAGCGGUUCAGCAUUUAUUGAAAUAUCCGCUGACCCAUCCGAUGUGAUUCAGGUCCAAGUUUCUGUUCAUGGCCCAAGACCUAUUCGGGGAUCUUUUAUUGAAACCGGCCUUUUUAGUGUCGAAGCCAAGCUGAGUGCUUUCAGUGUCGACAAUCACAACCCAGACAUUUCUCAAAACCGAAACAACUCGGGUGCCAGUGCUUCUGGUGGAUCUGCAGCAUCGAGGCCCAAUGGAACUUCGCCUUUGGAGCGAACUGUAGCUGCGUUUGUUGAAAGCUCUUUGACUCCGGCUGUACGUCUCGAACAAUAUCCCAAGAGUGGUAUUGACGUUUUUGUUACUAUUUUGCGCCCGGGCAGCAACCCCAAGGCCCUUCAAGCUGCUUGCGUUAAUGCAGCAACUGUCGCACUUGUUGAUGCUGGUAUUUCUCUGCGCGACCUCGUCACAUGCGGUGCCGCCAUUCUUACACGCUCUGAAAGUGACGAAAACAAAGUUGAGUCUAUCGUUGUUGAUCCAAGCGUGCCUACCGUUUCUGGCCGUCAACUCGACAUGGCAGUGUCCUACAUGACAGCUCAUAAUUCUGAAAUUGUGGGUAUGGCUGUUGAUGGUGGUGUGUUGAGCCCUCAGAUCUUAGAAACUUGUCUGAGUGUAACACUCAAAGCUGCCAAAGAUGCAAGAGCCUUAAUCAACGGAGUUCUGCUAGGUGAAUUUAAAUAUAAGGAGCAGGUUAUUUCUCAAGCUUUUUCUAAUCUGUUAAACGCAGACAGUAUGGAUAUAGAUCAAUAA